ACCAAAACCCAACACUCAGAAAAUUCAUUUUUUUCACGAAAAAUCUUCACUUUGUCCCUAACUCUAAAUUUUGGGGCUGAAAAUUUGAAUAAAAACCGUGUCUAAAAAUGGUAUAUAUCUUAAAUGCCCAUUAUUUCAAUCCCACAGUGAUUGCAUUUUGUCAAAACCUCGUCUUCCGAAUGAAAAAUCUUGUCCUUUGUCCUAAAGAUACUUUCCCUUUCCCCGUUUCGGCCUUUGGGGCAAUUACAUAUUUCCAUGUUUCAGUCUUCCUUUCUCUCUCUACACCUGUGGUUUCUCUCUCUACACGUCUGGUUUAACUCCGCUGUGUUCAUUUUCCAGAGAUUUGGGUUUUGCCAAAGUCUGAACUUUUUCGGGGGCCUCAUUGAUUUCAGCCAACUGGGUUCUUCGACUCGAGGAGAAAAGAUGGAUUUUUUGCUUCCUUGUUCUUAGAUUUGAAUCCUGAGUGGCGUUUACAUCUUAUGCAACUGCACUGUAUUUGAGUCAUUCGGAAAGAGGGAAAGUUUGUAGAUAUGGAUAUCGGAGAUGAUAGCUCGAGGUUCUGUUCUUUACCGGCUACAACUUCAAGGAAUAUGUCCACCUCAUCUUCGGCAUUCUUUUCAGCAAACCAGUCGCCAUUUUUCUCCCCAAGAUCGCCAUCUUGUCAACUAUCUGAAUCAACAAGGUCUGAUGCUCCAUGUGAUAGCAUGGUUUUAAGUACAGAUCCCCUCAGUUCCAGCUCUGGAAUUCCAGACCUUGAAUCUCUAGCAAAUGUAAGAUAUAAAUUGUCAAACAUGUCACCGGCCCCAGCUGCUUCAGUCUCAGGUGAUUUUGAGAAGUUUGACCGCGUGUCUUCCUCAACAGCCAUUUCUAAUAGCAUUCUAUCUAGUCACAGCCAUGCCUGGGUCUAUGAGUAUUCUGGGCAAAGAGAGAGGCAGAGAAGGCCUGGGAGAAACUCUGGAGACUCAUAUAUAUCUGGUCCGGUUUCAAUGACAUCUAAUAGACUGAGGAGCUGUGAUGUUUUCAUAGGUUUGCAUGGCCGUAAACCUUCUUUGCUGAGGUUUGCUAAUUGGCUCCGAGUUGAGUUGGAAGUUCAGGGGAUGAGUUGCUUUGUAUCUGAUAGAGCUCGAUGUAGGAACUCUCGCAAACAUGGAAUUGUUGAGAGGGCCAUGGACGUUUCUUCUUUUGGGAUUGUCAUCCUAACAAGGAAGUCAUUCCGAAAUCCAUAUACCAUCGAGGAACUUCAAUUUUUCGCUAGCAAGAAGAACUUGGUCCCAAUAUUCUUUGAUUUGCGUCCAGGUGAUUGCCUUGUCAGGGAUAUCGUUGAGAAGAGAGGAGAGCUGUGGGAAAGACAUGGGGGAGAGUUAUGGAUUUUGUAUGGAGGACUCGAGAAGGAGUGGAAAGAAGCUCUUCAUAGCCUCUCCCGGGUGGAUGAAUGGAAAUUGGAGGCUCAGGAUGGUAACUGGAGAGAUUGUAUAUUAAGGGCCGUCACAUUAUUAGCAAUUAGAUUAGGGAGGAGAAGUGUUGUAGACCGGUUAAGCAAGUGGAGAGAGAAGGUGGAGAAAGAGGAGUUCCCUUUCCCUCGAAAUGAGAACUUUAUUGGCAGGAAGAAGGAACUCUCUGAGCUGGAAUUCAUACUUUUUGGUGAUGUCAGUGGAGAAGCAGAAAGAGAUUAUUUUGAGCUUAAGGCUAGGCCUAGACGAAAGAACUUGACAAUUGGGUGGGGUAGGAGCAGUUCAUUUGAUGAAAGGCGAAGGGAACGAAAACUGGAGAUUGGAAGCAGAAAGGGAAAAGAACCAGUUGUGUGGAAGGAGUCAGAGAAAGAGAUUGAGAUGCAAAGCACAGAAAUUCCUCAAAGACAAUCAAAGCCCAAAAGUGGUGGAAGAUAUUCAAGGAGAAAAAGAUCAACAAAGGUUGUGUAUGGGAAGGGGAUUGCUUGUGUGUCGGGGGACUCGGGAAUUGGCAAGACGGAACUUCUUCUUGAAUUUGCCUACAGAUAUCACCAGAAGUACAAGAUGGUUUUAUGGAUAGGAGGGGAAAGUAGGUAUAUUAGGCAAAACUACUUGAAUCUCUGGUCGUUUCUAGAAGUCGAUGUAGGGGUUGAAAAUUGCUUUGACAAAAACAGAAUCAAAAGCUUUGAAGAACAGGAAGACACAGCCAUAGCUAGAGUACGCAGAGAACUCAUGAGAAACAUGCCAUUUUUGGUGGUGAUUGAUAACUUAGAAAGUGAAAAGGAUUGGUGGGACCACAAACUUGUAAUGGAUCUUCUUCCCCGUUUUGGUGGAGAGACGCACAUAAUAAUAUCCACACGCCUUCCUUGGAUGAAUUUGGAGCCUUUGAAACUCUCGUACUUAUCCGGGGCAGAAGCAAUGUCGCUCAUGCAGGGUAGCGUAAAAGAAUACACAGAAAAUGAAGAAUUGGAUGCUUUACGGGCUAUUGAGGAGAAAGUGGGACGCUCAACCUUGGGACUUUCUAUUGUAGGUGCAAUAUUGUCUGAGCUGCCCAUACUUCCAAGUAAGCUGUUGGAAACAACUAAUAGAAUGCCAUUAAAAGAAUUUUCAUGGAGUAGCAGGGGGACUAAUUCGUUGAGGCGGCAUACUUUCCUUAUGCAACUCCUCGAGGUGUGUUUCUCGAUUUUUGAUCACGCAGACGGACCGAGGAGCUUGUCAACGAGAAUGGUCCAGGCAAGUACUUGGUUUGCACCGGCCGCGAUUCCAGUUUCUUUGUUGGCCCAAGCUGCUCACAAGAUACCUGAAAAGCAUCAAGGGACGUGGUUAUGGAGAAAGCUGAUGAAGUCUUUAACUUGUGGCUUUACUUCAUCAUACACCAAAAAAUCAGAAGCAGAAGCGACUUCCAUGUUGUUAAGGUUUAACAUUGCCAGAAGCAGCACCAGGCAGGACCAUAUCCAUUUCCAUGAACUCGUCAAGCUUUAUGCUCGCAAGAGAGUUGCGAGCGGAGUUGCACAAGCGAUGGUUCAAGCUGUUAUCAGCCGUGGAUCAAUAUCUCAACACUCAGAACAUAUCUGGGCAGCCUGUUUCUUAAUAUUUGGAUUCAGCCAUGACCCUGUGGUCGUUGAGCUUAAGGUUUCGGACCUGCUGUAUCUUGUCAAGGAAGUGGUUUUGCCUCUUGCAAUACGGGCCUUCAUAACAUUCUCUCGUUGCAAUGCUGCCCUAGAACUCCUCCGCCUAUGCACCAAUGCCCUGGAAGCAGCGGACCAAGCGUUUGUAACCCCAGUUGAGAAGUGGCUCGAUAAAUCACUUUGUUGGAGGCCGAUCCAGACUAAUGCUCAGCUGAAUCCUUAUCUUUGGCAGGAGCUUGCGCUAUCAAGAGCCACAGUGCUAGAAACUAGGGCCAAGCUGAUGCUAAGAGGGGGACAAUUCGACAUAGCUGAUGAUCUAAUUAGGAAGGCGCUUUUUAUCAGAACUUCUGUUUGUGGUGAAGAUCAUAAAGACACUGUAGCUGCUCGCGAAACUCUUAGCAAAGUCACCAGGCUUCUUGCAAAUGUUCAAAUUCAUACUUCACCGUAGAUCCCAUUUUUUUUUCGUAAGCAGAUUUUAUUCUAGCAUUUAUAGAGUCUGAAAUAAAACAGUUGUAUACCCCAUUCUGAUAGUUUUUCUAUACCAAUUUUUAGUCCGAAAGAGAUUCCAUUCCUUUGGCAUAACAUCAUCAUUUCUUGUUAUGCUUAUGUGAAUAACAUUUGUCUGCCUCCAGAUUGGGGAUUAAAAUUUUGAUUUUGCUCUUUCAUAUUAUAAAUAAACUGUAAUGCAGCUCCAGAGUUUUUGAAGGAUUGUUCGAUGAUGACUUGCGGGAGUCGGGCAUAUGAAAUAUUGUUUGCAUCCAUGUUAACUUCUGGAAAGAAGCACAGGAGUUCCGAAUUGCUGUCAUGAGUGAAAACUUUCACAGCUCAUCGCCAUAUUCCGAGUGCAAAUCCAGGCAAGUAUUUUGCAACAACUUCUUUGUUUCUCCGCACUGUCUUGCCGUGGUCGGAAAUGCAACGGUGUGUCCUUGUGACUCUGAAUUUGUUGUGAGCUUACAGCGCUGUCGGAACGGUGAAUCUGAAUACGUAUUGAGAUGCUUCUUUUAUUAUUGUGCCGAAGUUUGACGGAUGAACUUAUGAGCGUGUAUGCACCACAGGAGUUGCUGAAACUUGUUUGGAUUAUAGCAACACUGGAGUUGCGAAAACUUGUUAGGAUUACGAUACAAUAACAAAAGUAUCCUCAAUUAUAAGGAAGCAAAAAGUAAUGAGAUUCUGUUCUUAAUUUA